CUUCAAACAGAAUGUAGGCAUCACACAAGUAAUAAUUUUGGAUUUUACCUUAAAAUGUACAUAAACAUAAAAUUGCCACUAUGACCGUGGACCAAACAACUUUUACUGGGCAAUGUUUUAACAAAUAACAUGACUAACACUUUUCUACUCUAACAAUACCAUCCACCACCCGACCAACCAACCAUCCCAUCCAAACCCAAUAGAAUCCUGAAUCCAAUAGGAACCAUAUAAAAUCCUAUCGCAAAAAUGGCUUGUUGCUGUCAAUCCUGCAAAACCAAAAUCUCAUCCAGCUGCCUCGGCCGAUGCGACCUGCCGAAGCACAGAUGCCUGGAGAAGGAGGAUGUCAAGCCUGGACCCGUGCCCAAACAUAUGGGAUGGAUGUACUGCGCUAAAUCUUCACCUCGGUUUCAGCAAAGAUGUGGUUGGCGGCCCGGCCACGUUUCCUGCACAGUCCUCCGCCGAAUCGAAGCCCACAACGGCUCAAUCUGCGCCAUCUGCCCGUCGAGAUGCUCAAACAGACUAUGCUCAUCUAGAUGCCCAUCCAGAUCUAUCUGCUCCCGGCCUUGCUCAAGACCGUGCCCAAGACCCUGCUCCAGGCCUUGCGUUAAACCCUGCUUCCCGUCGCCUCCUUGCUCUGGAUCAACUUGCCCAUCUGGAAUGCCUUUAAUCAGAAUCAUAAGACACGCAGGCAAAUACAAAAUAUGCACGAAGCCUUCCAACCUCGACAAUUCGCCUUGCGGCCCCUAUCCGCUUAAAUACGUACUGAACGCGGACGCCGACACUUCUUCGACAACGAAAUUCAGCAUCGAGGCGAAAUUCAACAAUUAUCAAUAUGAUUAUACGAGUUCGCAGACUUCGUUUAUUUUAGACUUCACUCCGCCGCCGUCGUGCUCCAGACCUUGCCCAAAGAGGAGUAUUUUAUGCAUGUAUGGAAAGUGCGGUAAUUCCUGGCCGCCUGGCACAGGUGUGCCAGAUAAUGCUGAUGAUAAUGGCUCUACAUCCCAACAAAGCGAUCCUACAAAAUUCAAAUCAGAUGCAAGUCAGGUGCUAAAUUCAAGGCAGCAUGCUGCCAGCUCCACCCACAAAAGUGGUGUCGCAAUUGUGGACAAUUGUUGUGUGUCAGAUUACGCGUCUAACACUGGCACUACAAAAAGAGAUGCCACUGCUGACAAUUGUGCUGCAGAUUACAAUGCCAAGACUGUCACCACCAGACGUGAUCCCAGUGCUGAUAAUUGUGCUGCAGACUACAACAAAAUCGAAAGUAAAAUAGCUACUUAGGUAACUAGGUACAAUUUUCGUAACUGUAGACACAAUGUUUACAUUAGAUUUCUAAUACAUCGAG